UUCUUUUUUCCAUUGUGUGUGUAUCUGAGUUUUUUUUCCUAGUACACAGAAGCUACAAUGAGCUAUUCCCAAAACAUAAUGGAUGAUGAGUAUGAGAAAUUUAUUAGAAGAAUGAAUCCACCAAGAGUUGUAAUUGACAAUGAAUCUUGCAAAAAUGCCACUGUUAUACAGGUGGAUAGUGCUAACAAACAUGGAAUACUUCUUGAGGUGGUACAAGUUCUUACUGAUCUUAACUUUGUCAUACCAAGGCUUAUAUUUGCUCCGAUGGUGGAUGGUUCAUAUAUGGAUGGUAAGGACAUUUUCCUUUUCGUCUCGUUCGAUCUAGCGUUUUUUUCGGUCGAUUUUUGCCAUGUUUUUUGGUAGUCGUGCCAACAAGGUUAUUGAAGUUAGUGAAGGAAGGAAAACCAUAUUUGGCAGUGAUAUUGUUGCAGUUUGGAUUGUAAGAAUUUUUAUUAUUCUUAUGUGUGACCCAAUUAAUGUAAAGCUCAUAACUAAUAUUUAAUGAAGAAUAAAUCUCGUUCGUUAGAUCGGUUACUUGAUGGACGUACCGGAUUAAGUCUCAACUCCUAUAAAUUGGUCCUCCCUCCACCCAUUAGGGUUACCACUUAUUCUAUAUACUUUUUCCAUCAUUGACGGCUGUGGUAACGUAAGGCUAGGGCAAGGAGGUAGAAACCAAUUUCAAACUUACGCUUCCGCUCUCAUCUGCGAUAAUGUCUUCCGCAUCAGGUAUGUUUUCCGUAUU